UUAUUUGAGCAUUAACUUUUGUUUGAUCUUUAAUAAACUCCGCCGGUUAGAUUGCUGGGUGGGUAAGUGAACUUUACUCCGCCAAACGUUCAUUUCCUUGAAGCCAGUUAAAGUUGACUGUUCGCCUCAAAAUAUUCAAUAAAGUUGACUUAUAUAACGCAAAAAGGUUCUUGUGUCUAACAGAUCUAAAAAAUGGCUUCCAUAGCAACCCAACAAGCCUGUGUCUCUUUUCCAUCAUUUUCUGACAAAGCUCAAUGGGUUCAUGAUGUGUUCAUCAGCUUCAGAGGCAAAGAUACAGGCAACAUCUUUACAAGCCAUUUGCACCAUGCUUUGAGUGAGAAAGGUUUGAAAACAUCCUUCACAGAUGUUGAUGAUGAAGAGAUUUCAGCUUCAGUUUUGGAAGCUAUAGGGAAAUCAAGAAUUUCAAUGGUUGUAUUGUCGAAGAACUAUGCGUACUCCAGAGUUUGUUUGGAUGAAUUGGUGAAGAUCCUCGAGUGCAAUGGGCAGAUGGUUUGCCCUAUUUUCUACGAUGUGGAGCCAUCAGAAGUGAGGAAACAAACUGGGAGUUUUGAGAAAGCUCUAGCACAACAUGAAGAAUCUUGUGGGGAAAAUGCAGAGAAGGUUCAGAGAUGGAAAGCAGCUCUUAAACACGUGGCUAAUUUGUCUGGGUGGCAUUUGGGUAAUGAGCAUGAAGCUAAAUUCAUUCAGAAAACUGUUGCAGAAGUCUUGACUAAACUGAAGGGAACUUCCUUAUUAAGUGUUGCUGCAUACCCUGUUGGAAUAGAUUCCCAUUUGCAGGAGACUAAUCUGCUGCUAACUUCUAAAUCCAACGGUGUCUUGAUGAUCGGUAUAUCCGGAAUCUGCGGAAUAGGUAAGACGACAAUUGCAAAAGCUAUUUAUAACAAUUUAGCUCAUCAAUUUGAAGGUAGUAGCUUUCUCACAAGUGUUAGAGAAAUCUCAAAGCAACCUCAGGGCUUACUUCAACUUCAAGAAAUACUUCUUUUCGAGAUUCUGGGAGAUAAACAGAUUAAGCUGUUUGAUACUGACAGAGGAAUCGAUGUGAUACAACGUUGGCUUGGCUGCAAAAGGGUUCUUCUAGUUCUUGAUGAUGUUGAUCAAAGAGAACAAUUAGAAGCGUUAGCCAGAGAGUGCGAUUGGUUCGGUGAAGGAAGCAGAAUUAUUAUAACCAGUAGAGAUGAAAGUUUGCUUGUUGAUCAUGGAGUGGAAAGCGUUUACAAUGGAAAGGAAUUGAAUUUCAAUUAUGCAAUCCAGCUUUUCAGCUGGUAUGCAUUUAAGAAGCCUUGUCCUGAAGAAGGUUAUGAAGAGCUUGCAUACAGAGCAGUUAACAAUGCUAAAGGCAGUCCAUCAGCUCUCAAAUUGUUGGGUUCUAAACUUCAUGGUCGAAGCAUUUCUCAAUGGAAAAGUGAAUUAGAUAAACUGGAAAGAUUUCGCAACAAAUAAAUAAUCCGAGAUACUCCAAAAAAUUUCAGUGACUGGGAUGACCAAGUUUGAAGAUGUAAUGUCACGGCAUCAAGCAAAUUGUAGAAGAGAAAUGAGGUUAAAAUUUUGUUGACAAUUGAUUUCCUCUGAAUUAUGGUACCUAUUUUAUUUGAUUCAAUAGUUGUAACAGAAUUU